AUGGCCGUGGCACCGCGGCCGAUCAGUGUCGACGCUACGCCGGUCAUGGAUGAGCUCACAGAGCUCAUGCGCUCGCCGGAGGCGUCUACAUCGAAAGCUCACGCGAGCGAGGAACGAUAUGAGCGGCUUGUGCGGCACACCACAGCAGCGACGGAUUCGGCGCUUGAACCAUUGAAUUCAGCCUUGCUCUUGCCUAUCAAGAAGACGUACGGGCAGCAGUAUGCUAACAUCUACUUCAUUCGACUCACACAGCUCGUGCCUCGCGUGCUGGCCAGAGCGAGACGGCGCUGGCUGCUCGAGUCGCCCGGUAACUCGCCCAGAGCGAAAAAGAGCAAGAUCAAGAGUGACGCUGAGGAUAGUCAGUUCAACCGGUUCACGACAGAGCUGUUGCUCCAUCAGAACGGCAACUCAGACUAUGGAACCCAAUCGUCAACGACCCGGGGCAAGCAGGACUCAAGAACACUGCAGGAGGACGCAGAGAUGGACGGACUCGAGCAAGACGAAAGCCCCGAGCCAGAUUACGAAGAGGACGUCAAGCCGCGCAUGAACAGGCGGAACGGGGCCAAGAAGCAGAACGGCUCGGGCGCGAGAUCAACGUCCAAGAUUGUCAAUCGGGUGCUCGAAGUACAGAGGGACGAGCUUUGCAUUGUCGCCGGCACGAUCUACGUCGAGAUGAAGCUCAAGCCUAGCGUGCUCGACGAGAUAGCGAUCGACUACUCUAUCCCGGCAGCGCCGCCGCGCAAAUAUGUGACGCCAGGCGUGGAUGAGGUGCUGCUCGAGGACAGCUCAGGUCGAAUACGGCUGAUAGGCACCGGCAUCGAACAAGGCAAAUGGGCACUUGUCACAGGCAUCAUCGUCUCUGUCCUGGGCGCAGAAACGGCAACGGGUGAUUUUGAAGUGCUCGAUCUCAUCUUUCCUGGUCCACCGCCUCAGCUUGCCCUGGGUCUUCCUGAAGCCUCGCCCGAGGCAGCAAUGGGCGAUUCGAUCAAAGACGAGCAGUCAAGUCAGGCCCCUGGACAGUGGGUCGCAAUCACCUCUGGACUCAACUUUGGCGAUUCGUCUGCGCCUGCAGACGCGAAGCGCGCAUUGCUUUCAGAAUGGCUGACAGGCGAGCUCGGCAACGAGCAGGAUAGACUGCUUGCUACGCGCGUCUCGCGACUGAUCGUUGCCGGCAAUUCUAUGAUGGUUGCUCCGCCGAAGCAUGAGGAGCCAGAGGCGCGCAAGGCAAAGAAGUAUGGCUACGACGCCGCCGUCUUUUCGCCAAAACCAACGGCAGAUAUGGAUGCUUUUCUCGAGGAUCUUCUGCCUUCGAUUGAUGUCGACCUGAUGCCGGGCGAAAAUGACCCUUCUGCGCCUACGAUGCCUCAACAGCCACUCAUCGAGACGCUGCUGCCCAAAGCGCAAAGUCUGGGCGGCUGCGCUAUGCGAAGCAAUCCAUGCUGGAUCGAUUCCGGCGGUGCAAUCUUGUUCGGCACAUCCGGCCAAAACCUCAAUGAUAUCUACAAGUACAUAAGCUCAGAUGACAGGCUCACGAUGGCUGCUAACACGAUUGAAUGGUCCCAUAUCGCGCCAACAUCGCCAGAUACACUGUGGACGUAUCCGUUCAGCGAGCGAGACCCUUUCAUACUACCCAAGACGCCGCACAUUUACUUCGUGGGGAAUCAACCUGCUUUCGAGACUUGCCUAAUCACGACCGACGACGAGCAAAAGAUCCGCGUCGUUCUUGUGCCCGCAUUUUCAGACAAAGCUGAAAUUGCUCUCAUCAACACGGCUACACUAGAAUGUCAAAGCAUGCGCUUCGCGUAA